CGUCAACAGAGACCUGGCCGCUGCUCUCAUCUUUGACCGGAGUCCGGGGUAAGGUUCUUAUGGAUUUAGGGUUUCGUUCGUUCGGUUUUUUUUCUUUGACUUUAGCGGCCGGUCAUUCCAUCCGUAAGAAGAAUUAGGCUCAUAGAAUCAAUCGUCUCUGACUUUCUUCCUCCAUGUCCAAUUCAUUACUUAUCUAUCUAUCUAUCAAUCAGGUAUUUCAUUUUCUACCCUCAUUUUCUUCUUUGAGUUUUUGUCUUCUAUUAGGUAUAUGGUCAGAUUUUAGAAAAUGAUACAUUACUCAACAAAUCAUCUAUUAGGUCUAUAUUAGUCUGUGAUUUUUCUCAAUUUUUUCCUACAGCCUUUGUCAUUUUGUGAGUUUUUGUUUCAAAAAAUUAUAAUUGGAAAUUUUUUGUUCUCAUAUUAAAGUGGUCUUUUAGAUUUUUGAUACUACUGACUAAAUUUGAUUUAAAUAUUAUUGACUAAAUGUAGAAUUUCAUUUUUGAAUUUCUUAAAAAACCUAAAUGUUUAGGUGAAAUGAACUUUUAUUCAAUAAAAUGUGAGAAAGUGCACAUUUUUUGGGGUUUAGUUUAUAUGGUGAUUCACAAGAUGUCUUCUCCCUUAUAUUCUUUGGGUGGAAACAUUUCAAAAAAGGCGUGAAGGUGUGUAAUUUCAUUGACAACUUAUUUAUUCUGAUAAGUGAUUUAAAUUCAUCAUUAGGAAAAUGUUUGUGUUUCUUUAUAGUUCAAUUUUGCAUAUUGAUUACAAAAGUUUUGUAGUUUGCAUAAGGAAUUCAUUUGACUAUUGAAGAGACACAAUUACAACCUGGAUUUUUUUAAAUUUUUGAUUGUCUUUUAGAUUUUUAUUACUACAUUUGUCUCUUCUAUGACUUGGAGUGGCUAAUUCAUUCAUUAAAUGUUCAGAUUUUUAUUACUACAUGUGUCUUUUAGAUUUUUAUUACAACGACAUAGAAGGUAUGUUUGUGGGUGUGUUCAGUUUUCUUAAAAAAGUUGUUUACCUGUGAGUAACAUUUUGACUUUAUAAUGUUAUUCAUAUUCUAACUCUUUGCAUUGAUAAAUGAAGUUUAUUUAAGUGUAGCUAACAGUUGCAAGACGACUAUGGUCUUCAUGUGAUGGGCUGAUGGCUAUCCACUGGUCUGAACAAUAGACUCCUCAAGGGUAGUAUUUACCCUCUCUUUGUUUUUGUUUCUUUUGAUUUAUAAAUUUCAAAUUUAUUACUUUCCAAAUUCAUAAAUGGAUUAAGCAAUGAUAAAUAUGUUUGUUUAAAAUAGGCAACAUUUAAGUUUUCAUCAUCUUCACCUUCAUUGUUGCUCAAGUUUCAGUGAGUAUUCCAUGAACAUUGGCUUCUUUUAAGUUUCUAAUUUUGAUAGUUUUUCUUUAAGUAAUGCAAUGCAUUUCUGUUCCAGAUUAGAAUUAAAGAUUUGCGAGUGGAGGAGGUUAGGGUUUAGGGUUUUGAGGCUCCGAUACCAUGUAAAAUAAUAAAGAAUGCUUUAUUGAUUGAAUAAUAGAAGAGGAAUACCAAAAUAUGUAUUUAUAGGUGGAGGAAUAUAUUCUAGAAUCCUCCACAUUAAUGGCUAAUUAUAUAAGGCAUAGAAGAUAGGUUAGGAUAUGAUGGUGGCAACAUGAUGGAUAUGUGAGGACAUAAAUGCAAUUUUGACUUAUUGUAAAUUGUUUAUUUUUUCUUCAGAUUGUGAUUGUAAUCCUAAUUAAUAGGUUUUGGCAUAAAUUUCGGUGGUAGGUUUGUACAUUUUUUCAAGCGAAUCUGAAAUUUUGAGUGUUCUGUAGAUUAGAAAAGCAUGUCAAUGUCAAGUAAUGAGAAAGUGACAAAUAUGAAUCAAGGACAUAAAUGGCCAUAACCAUCUCAUGAUUCCUUCAUGGUAUUCGUUUUAAGUUAUUACUAUGCUAUUAACCUUUGGUAAAAAGAUACUGGAAAUGUAUCUUUUUAGCGACUCAAUGAAGGUGGAAUAACUUAAAGCUUUUUUCAGAAUCAAGUAAUGACAAAGGUAUGUUUACUCAAUUUGGGUUUUUUUAGUAAACACUCAUUUUUUUCGUUAGUUCAUUUUGUUAUUCGUAGUAGUGAAAUUAAUACUCCAUGAAAAGCUUAAGAAUGUGGCUUUGUUGUUUAAUACUCCUUGAAAAGCUUUUCCAACCAACUUUUUAAACACUACUUUAAAGAAAACAUGGUCUGAAUUGUUUAGUACUUCAUGAGUAGAAAAAAGGUAAGGGUUGAAGUCAUUAUUUGGUUGGAGUUGCUAGAAAAGAUCAAUUUAAAUCCUUUUUUAAUACAUACUCAUUUGACAUUUGUAAUAUAUUUUUCCAAGGUAGAGAGGGAUGACAUUGAGUGACACGGUCCCUGUAGUAUGAGAUUAUUACAACCUUUAAAAGUGUUAUUUAUUUUUAAGAUGCUUUGAGAAUUCAUGUGAUCUUCAAUCUCUCAACUCAAUUUAUUAAUAGUCUUCAUAUCUCUUCUUUAUCAAAAUAGUAGUCUCUUCUUUGGAAAUUUUUUUACCGAUUGAUAAAAGAUAGGGAUUUCUUAAAACUACAGUUAUGCAAAUGAAUUGUUAAUUUGUUUGUGUAAAUUAUUUUUGAGAGAAAACAAUCUAGGGAUGUUCUUGGUUGUGUGAAAACAUGAUCCCUUUCAUUUUUUAUUAAAUUGUUUGAGAAAUAGAUUUUGCAUGGUUGGGCAAAUUUACUUUACUCAAAAUAACUCUCUUGCUCUUUGUUUGUUGUAGUGAAUGGAAGAGACCUUACCCUGAUGCAUAUUUUGAAGAAAUUUUUAUACAUUGCAUCUAUAUUAUUGAUAUUUUGUAUCAAGAAUAUACUUUUGUGCAUCUCUAUAUCUAAUGAAUAAUUCCGUAUAAUAUUUCCUUCAUUUAUAUUUCUUUUGCAAUGCACAACAGUUAAUUAUUAUUUUUAUAUGAAUAAAUUUUUUAUACAUGGUAAUAAUUCUUUUACAUAAAUUUGUAACUUUAUUCUGGCGUUGGACGGGUACGAGUCUAGUUUUUUGAAGCAGGUACGAGUCUAGUUAAACAUAAAAAAAUAAAUUGAACUGAACUAGGGCUAACUGGUCAUCGGACAUUAUUCCACCCGUGGAGACUGGAGAGGUACGGAUUGGGCAGGCGGGUAUGGGCCGAGAUCAAAUAGCAAUAUCGUGUUCGCCCAAAUAGGUCAGUGCGGAGUACGGGUCGUGGUAGUCCCAAGCAAGUAAGCAACCUAACCCGCCUUUCCUUUUUCGCUCAUCCAUGGCUGGGCGCUACGGAUCGCUCUCCAGAUCUCUUCUCUCUACAGCAACCAGAACCUCCACUUUCCGCCGCUCGCAACCGGUCCUCUUCCAGCGCCUCCCGUCUCGCCGUUUCCUCUCCGGCAAUCUUCCCAGGAGUAAUCGGAUAUUAGGCUCUACACAAUCGCUGCUUCCUCUUCACGCGGCGGCUCGAUUGACUUCGCCCGCCUUAGUGGCGGCGCGCUGUAACUGCAAAUUGUCUCCGGCUGCCUUUUUCUGUCGCAAUUGCCCUGAUCGGUAGUUAUCAUCAAUCACCAUCAAAUGUGAGUCCUGUUUACUUUUACUGUGAUUUGUAAUCUGUUUCGUCAAUAUGUAGAAGCUAAACAUAAAUCUAAACCUAUAACUCUCCAGAAUUUAAUACUCUGUUUUUGUUGGUAGCAUGUCAAUUGAAAUUAAUUUAUAUGUUAAUGUUAGCUACCAAUUGAAAUUAAUUUUCACAUUUUAAAUAUAUUAUUCAAUGAUGGUAGCUUCUAGUGUUAGUGUUUUCUAAGAGGCUGUUUGUUUCAGCCUCUUAAUGGUUCAGAUGUCUGAAUGGUUCAGCACUUAAUGGUUCAGACUGUUUGUUUCAGCCUCUUAAUGGUUCAGAUGUCUGAAUGGUUAAGAGAUUUGCUUCUGAAUGGUUAAGUAUUAUACAGAGUCUGAAUGGUUAAGAGCUCUUAUCUGAAUUGAUCAGACAUUUGCCUCUGAAUAGUUAAGCAAUAUACUAGCUCUUAAUGG